UUGUGGGUUGUGGGAGAUGUUUUCGUACUUCAUUCUGUUGCUGAUCAUUUCGGCCUUGUCCGAUGACUGUGCUGCAAAGACAAGAUGGGAAUGUGAACCGCAAUCGGUUAGUGCCUUCUCCACCAACGAGAGCCUCAUGAAGUUUGACUUGCGAACGCAGCGGGUGGGACGCACUGAUUUUUUCUUCUCGGGAACAGCGUUCUGGAACAUCGAUCUGGAUGAGAGCGUCAUGAUAGAGCUGGAACUCUACCGGAGUACAACCGGUGCCGAAAGUGACUACAAGUUGACCCCCAUGUCUAUUCCUAGGCAGACAUUCAUAGAGUACAUAGACACGUACUACAAGGACAUGGUGAUCAAGAACUUGGGCGAGUGCUCCGAUCUACCGAGGUACGAGGACAAGUAUGUGCCGCCCUGGCCAAAGAAAACCUUCACCCUGACGCGCUGCAGCGUCAAUGGCGUAGGGAUGCCAGAAGUCCUUCUCGCAGGGUUCUACAAGAUUAAGGCCAACGUCAGUCACCCGGCAGUGAUCCAACAUGUGGAAGCCAUUAUUAAAGUUACGACAAAGAUGUUCUGAAGAGUCGCACCUCUCCGUUCAAAUAAAGAUAAAUAACAACCUCCCAGAAAUGU